GAGGGCAGACUGGCGGUCGUAGCGGUUCACCAUGAGCUAUCGAUCUUUCUCGGGAUAAAAAAGGACAAUCAAACGGAAGGAAAAACGAGACUUCUAUUCCUUUGCGCUCCGGACGCGCAGGUACACAGCCGAUCGUCUUGCGCUGCGCACUUACGCACAAAACAUGUGUGCGCACCAGCGUUCGGUCGGUGAACUUCACCACCUCUGCCAGAUCUUACAGUCACAGACAUCAGGAUAGCCUAUGAAAACGCGCUCAGUGCCGAAUCAACCGCGUGGCAGGAGAAUUUGGAUUGGAAAGCCAACAAGUGGAGAUCGGUAAUGUAGCCCCUUUGCUUGCGCGUGGAUAUUUUUUUUUGGCCGGGUCUGUUGGAGGAGAAGGGUGCCGCCACGGUAGUUUCCCCUCUCGGUGGCAUCUGGUCUGUCGGUGUAGAUUUGAAGCGAUCGAGCCGCAGCUGCUUGACGUUGCGCCCUCGGCGGCGCUGGAGCAGACAGAGCCGGGGACGCCGAGGAAUGCGGAUCCCAGAUUUAGUCUCUGUCAGCUCACCUGCGGAACUCUUCGCAGCUCACGCCAAACGGGUGAGCCCACGGAGCGACAUGCUGAGGCAGAUCCUCCUCAACUCCACCGACAGCCCGGACUUCGACCUGGUGCUCAUGGCCGGCUCCACCACGCACGCCCCCACCUCUCUGAACGCCUCCCACGGCGGCGGCUCGGUGAGCGUGGCCGCUCUCCUGAGACCCACCACGGGCAGAGGAGGCGGAGGGCUCCGGGAGGGCGAGCUCCACAAACCGGACCUCAUCACCUACAUAGUCAUGUGCCUGCUGCUUUUCCUCUUGGUGCUGCUCAUUGUGUUCUUCAUCAACUGCCAGCUCCGGAACUCUUUUUUCGCCUCCAUGCCAUAUGACAGGUCACUGAGGGAGGCUCGGACCUCCUACAAGUAGAAAAAGAAAAGAAAAGAAAAGAAAAGAAACUUGUGGGAUUCUGGGUGUUUAGUCAGAUUCCUGAAUCUGAACUACAGCUGCACACCUGGACACAUGAAGAUCUUGCCUUUAUCAGUUGUCUUGGACACAUGGGGACCUCAGUAUCCUGGAAUCUAGUAUAUGGAGUCUACAUUUUUAACUUAAGGUUCAUAGCUCAGAAAAUAUGGCAUUUUAGAAUAUUGUGGAUAGAUAUAAAGAAAAAAAUAUGACUUUGAUCACACGAGUGAGCUGAAAUGAGUGAAAUAAGCUGUUAUCUUGAGUCACCAUGUAGUUUGACAAUAGCUAAGAUGUGAAAUAAUUUAUCAUGUGCUAACAUUUUCAUUUCCAGGGCCUGUGAUCCAAAGUUAGAUUGAUCUGACACAAUUGCACAUUAAUUUGACCUAGCAUUUUCAGUUGAAUUCAAAACUGAUUUGACAGUGGUCCUGUGAAGGUGAAUCUGUCCUUUUUCUAUGAGAAAGUAUGUCAUUAUGUCAUCCUAGGGGUCUGCAGUAUUCUGUAUAUAGACUAAACUAUUUUGUAAGAUUGUAACUUAACUGUUCUGUCUUGUGAAGCUAAACAAUCAACACACAAUUCUCUCCAAAAUCAUCCAUUGUGAAAAUGAUUGAAUGACCUCUGGCACUUCUUCAGCUCCAUUAAAAUAUACAAAUAUAGCUGACUUUGAAGUGGCAGUCUUUUCGUCUGUGCACGUGUAAAUGACUAACGAUGCUGAGGACUAUGUUGCAGCUGUGCGUGCAAAAGGCCAACUGUUUAUCAUUUAGUACGUCAUUGGAGGCUCUUUUACGAGAGCCACAGGGCUGCCAUGUCUUAUCGUGCACUUUCACUUUUAAUUAACCUCUCUUCCAUAAUUUAUAGUGCCAAUAUGCCAGAGAAUGAAGACUUGAGGCUGAAGCAUGCCGAGUCCUGUACGAUAAACCAAAUUGUUGUCUGUUUCAGUGCCACUGGUGAUGCACAAAUCCUCUCCAAUCUUGUUGUUGGAAAACAUCUUUCACAUACCAAGGCAGAUAAACCAGUCCUAUCUCUGUAAUCCUGCGCCCGUGUAUGUAUGCGUGUUCCCAAGCGGGUGUGCACCAUCACUGGUUUUCGGACAAGAAGAAGCUGCAUUUUAAGCAGCUUUUGGACAUGACUUCACAAAGUUACCCAAUUCACUGAAAGUGAUGUCAGACAUUCUUCUGAGCAGAAUUCAUUCAAUAUCUUCUGGAUGCUCCAUCUUAGAGAUGUACAAUUUCACUGAGAUGAGCUAAAAAUGGUGAUUAUUUCUGGCUGUGGUGCAUAAUCAGGAUCUGUUGUGGAUGUUAGGAGCCUUGAAAUCAGACAUUAUGGGUGGCUGAGAUCUGUAUUUGCUAAAAGUUGGACACUA